GGGGCGGGGCCUGGCCGCACUGGGGGGCGGGCGGUAGGUAACAGGUUGCAGCGGGGAGCGGUCGCGGGAGCGGUCGCAGCGCGGAGUCCGGCGCGCUCCAGACCCCGCGAAUGGAUCGGCAUGCGAAUGGAGCGAUGGCCGAGAAGCAAAACCCUGUGGACUACGGGGUCCAGAUCCGCUUCAUCGAUGACCUGACGGAGCCCAAGAAGCCCCACAAGAUGCGGUCCAAGGCGGCCAAGCCGAGCUCCUACGGGGUGGCAGUGCGGGUGCAGGGCAUCGACGGGCAGCCCUUCGUGGUCCUCAACAGCGGGGAGCGUGGCAGUGACUCCUUCGGUGUGCAGAUCAAAAGUGAAAGUGCGUACAGCAGCCUCCCCGCUGCUCAGCCGUCGCCUGCCAGCUCCCCCAGUCGCUACCCCAAGGAGGCUUCGGGUUCGCUCAGCUCCGACUCCGACCUGCCAGAGAACCCCUACGCAGCACGGCGCGCCCGCUACAGCACGUCCGACGAGGAGCAGAGCUCCCGGCCCCGUGGAAAGGGACCUCCGGCCAGCCCUGCCCGGUCCCCGUCCCCUCAGGGUGGCCGCCGGCCACUGCUUCCCAAGAAGCCAUUCAGUGAUGAGCUGAGGCGGACGCAGUCUCACAGCUCUCUGCUGGGCCCUGAGUCAGGGGAGCCCUUUGGCCCGAGCCGUCCCAGCACGCAGACCAACAGCACCGCUCAGCCACGGCAGCUGGGUAAGGCCAAGAGCGGCAGCAUGGUGAACAUCGCUGUCCCGAAGGGGCCCGAGGCGAGCGAGAAGGCCUCUUCCGCCUUUGGCCGGCGGCCCGUUGACAAGCAGCCGCCUUCUGACCCAGAAUCCUCCAGGCCUGGCCCGCCGGCCGCCACGGGCGACAUCGACACGAAGCCCCUGUCCUCGGUGGAUUCCCUCAUCAGCAAGUUUGAUGGGAAGGUCCAGCAGCGAGGCCGCACUGCCCGCCGCAGCCGUAUCCUCCCGGAUGAGAGGAAGCGGUCGCAGAGCUUGGAUGGGCGCGUGUCCUACCAUGAUACAGCGGACUCCCGGGAGCUGACCACCACCAAGCAUGGGCCCGGCUUCCAGAAGGGGCUGAAGCCGCCCGCUGUCGCCAUGCAUGCCAGCAGCCUGCCCAGGACGAGGAGGGAAGACCUGAAGACCAGCAUGGCCAGCAGGUCCCAGCCCACACGGGACUGGGCAAAUAAUGGCCCUGAGGAGCCUCUGGUGGAGCAGCAGCAAAGUCAAGUGCAGUCGGAGUUGCAGCUCAAGUCCACUCCGGACCUACUGAAGGACCAGCAGGAAACAUCUCCAGCUGGGAGCAGCGAGCACAUGAAGGAACUGAUCUAUGCUAUACUGAAGGACGGGAGCAAAGACAGCGAAGUCAUGCUAAAGAGGAAGGCAAACCUGCUGCUGGAGAAGGUCCAAGAACUUGCGGUGCCUCCUGAGGACGCGGGAGCCCCCAGCCCCCAGCAGGCUGAGCUGGCGCGGAGGGUGGAGGAGCUGCAGCACAAGCUGGAUGAGGAGAUGAAGCUCCGCCAGAAGCUGGAGCUCACCAGGGAGUCUCCCAGGAGCAGCGCUGUGCAGAACCUGGAGCUGCAGCUGGCCAGGGUGGAGGAGGAGUGUCAGCACCUCCAGGGAGCCCUGGAAAAGAAGAGCCAGGAGCUGCAGAGCAGCUUGAGAGAGCUGAGUGAAGUGAAAAGGGCCAGAGAGCAGGCCGAAGCCAGGCUGGGUGACUGCGAGGAGCAGUUGAUGGGGAUGCAGGAGGAGCUCGACCGCCUCCGGCAGGGCCUAGGAGACGUGCCUGAGGGGGAUGCACUGCUGAAGGACCUGCUGGAGACCCGGGAAGAGCUGGAGGAGGUGCUAAGUGCCAAGCAGCGGCAGGAGGAGCACCUGCGGCUGCGUGAGCGGGAGCUGACAGCGCUCAAGGGCGCACUGAAGGAAGAGGUGGCCAGUCACGACAAGGAGCUGGACCAGCUGCGGCAGCAAUACCAGCACGAUGUGGACCAGCUGCGGCGCAGCAUGGAGGACGUGUCCCAGGACCAAGCUGACCUGGAGACAGAGCGGCAGAAGAUCAACUCGAUAGUGAGGAACCUGCAGAGGGAGCUGGCAGAGAGCACUGAGGAGACCGGGCACUGGAGGGACAUGUUCCAGAAGAACAAGGAGGAGCUGCGCAGCACCAAGCAGGAGCUGAUGCAGGUGAAGCUGGAGCGGGAGGAGUUUGAAGAAGAGCUGCGGGAACUGCGGGAGCGAUUCUCAGCCGUGCGGCUGCAGGCUGAUCAGGCUCGGAGCAACACCGUGGGCACUGGCGAACUCGAAGCCCUCAAGAAGGAGCUGCGCCAGACCCAGGAGGAGCGGAGGGAGCUGACAGCUGAGAAGCAGGCGCAGGAUGAGCUGUUGCGGCAGCGGGAGAGGGAGCUGCUGGCGCUGAAGGUGACGCUGCAGGAGACAGCGGGCAGCCACAGCCGGGAGCUGGAGCAGCUGCGUGAGCAGUUCCAGAGGAGCCUGCAGCAGCUGCAGAAGGACUCGGACGAGGCUGUCAAGGGGAAGGUGGUGCUGGAGAGUGAGCGGGAGGUAGCAGAGCAGACACGGAGGGCAGUGGAAGCCACGCUGCGGGAGACGCAGGAGCAUAAUGACGACCUGCGCAGGAAGGUCCUGGGUCUGGAGGCGCAGCUCAAGGACUACCAGCAUGUGACUGAGGACUGGGAGGGUGUCGAGGCCCGUCUCAAGGACAAAAUCGCCAAGCUGGAGGCGGAGCGCCGGCAGAUGGAGGAAACUCUAGGGGAAGCCAGUGACCAGGAGCAGGAGCUGCUGCUGGUUAAGAGGGCCCUGGAGAACCGGCUGGAUGAGGCCCAGCGCAGCCUGAGCCGGCUGUCACUGGAGCAUCAGGAGCUGAGCUCUUCCUACCAGGAGGAGCUGCGGCAGAAGGAGCAGCUGAAGAGGCUGAAGAUGGAGAUGGAAGAGCAGAAGCGGCUGCUGGACAGGACCAUCGAGAAGCUGACCAAGGAGCUGGAGCAGAUGGCUGAGGAAUCCCACCACUCACUGGCCCUGCUGCAGUCGCAGCUGGAGGACUACAAGGAGAAGUCACGCAAGGAGCUGGGGGACUCCCAGAAGCAGGCCAAGGACCGGGGUGCAGAACUGGAGAAGGCGCAGUUCAGCCUGGCCCGGCUGCAGGAUGAGGUCACGCGGCUCAAGCAGGCCCUGCAGGACAGCCAGGCAGAGCGGGAGAGUGCCGUGCUAGACCGAGAAGUGCUGGCCCAGCGUCUGCAGCACCUGGAGCAGCAGGUGGAGGUCAAGAAGCGCUCUCAGGAUGACCGUUCCCGCCAGGUCAAGGCACUAGAGGAGAAGUCGAAGCGCCUGGAGAUGGAGCUGGACGAGGAGCGGAGCUCAGUGGAGCUGCUGACGGAGAGGGUGAACCGCAGCCGCGACCAGAUCGACCAGCUGCGGGCAGAGCUGCUGCAGGAACGCUCCAGCCGCCAGGACCUCGAGUGUGACAAGAUCUCCCUGGAGAGGCAGAACAAGGACCUGAAGAACCGCCUGGCCAGCUCGGAGGGGCUGCAGAAACCCAGCGCCAGCCUGACACAGCUGGAGUCACGGGUCCAAGAGCUGCAGGACAAGCUGCAAGCUGAGGAGAGGGAGAAGAACGUGCUGGUGUCUUCCAACCGCAAGCUGGAGCGGAAGGUGAAGGAGCUGACAAUCCAGAUUGAUGAUGAGAGGCAGCAUGUGAAUGACCAGAAGGACCAGCUGAGUCUGCGCGUCAAAGCCCUCAAGCGGCAGGUGGACGAGGCGGAGGAGGAGAUCGAGCGCUUGGAGGGCGCCAGGAAGAAAGCACAGUGGGAGCUGGAGGAGCAGCACGAGCUCAACGAGCAGCUACAGAACCGUGUCAAGACCCUGGAGAAGGAGGCCUGGCGCAAAGCAGCACGCUCAGCCGCAGAGGCCUCACUGAAGGAUGACCAGCUGAGCUCGGACGAGGAGUUUGACAGUGCUUAUGGCCCAUCCUCCAUUGCCUCGCUGCUGACUGAGGCAAACCUGCAGACCAGCUCAUGCUAGCGGCUGCCAUGCGGGGGGCUGAGCCAGGCUCCUCCCAUGGACAAGGGCCAGACCCAGCUUCUCUUGAGGGGCAAAUGCCGCCUCAACAUGGAGUUGACCAGGACACGAGCCACAAUGAAGGAGCUGUCGGCCAACGGUGGCACCAGGCCUGGUUGCGAACUCUAGCAAUAAUCCCAUGAAGGAAGGCAGGCUGGUGUUUGGGUUAAUUCUUGUGAGGGUGGGGACAGAUGGAAAUGGGUGAAGGUACCCCAGCAAAUCCUAUUUAACAGUUCUUUGUUCUCAGGGCAUCGCUUUAAGGAUGGACGGCUCACAUCUUAACCAAAUAUUUUUGUACAUGGGGGUGGGGGGGUGGAAUAUGUGUGGGCAUGGGUGUGCAAUAGGAGAGGGUGGUGGCCCCUGGGGCUCAGAGGGGGCUAUGUUUCUGGCUCUGACCUUAAUGGAGAUGUGUGGAAGAGACCAUGGGUGAUUGGUGCCUCCUGACUCGGGGGGAGGAGGGGGGGGGGGGCACUUGCCCCCACAGCAGCCAGUCAGCAACUGGGUUGGGGGGGAUUGCACUGACCAUGGGGGGGUUCUGAGUUGGUACGAUUACCCGUGGGGGAACACCCUCCCCCCACUUCUCCUGGCACCCCCACUCCCCGGCUGGUGCUCUUGUGUGUGGGGGGACGACGACACGGGGACCAGUGCUCUUGCCCCCCCCCCCACUUGUCGCCUAAGCAGGGAAUGCUGGCUGUUGGGGUGCACCAGCACUCUUGGGGUGUACGUGCACCUGCUAUGCGCUGCCACUGGCAGGGAUCUGCUGGACACUGUCGCCCCCCAGGCUGUUGUAGCAGACCGGGAGCCAGGCUGAGCCCGGUGUGUAGGCACCUAGUGAUACCCCUCAGGUGCUCACAGCUGGAAGUCAGUGCUUAGCUGGGCACCUGUGUGCCUUUGUAAUGAGUCCCGAGUCUAUCUAGACCCACCUGGAGUGGAAAAGCCAAGGGUUUUUGGCCUGUGGUAAUCCCUGGGGGUGCUUGGGGUCCAGCCUUAGCACUGAUGUUCUUCUUUCCCCAUUCCCCUCCGUCCUGCCCUAGUCCUCUUCUCACAAUGGACUGGGUGAGUGGGGUGAGAUGCCGGAGCAGACCCUAGCUAGGGCAAGUGGCUUCUGUGUCGCUGGCUUGGUCCCUCAUGUGCCUCCUGGGAGGCUCCAGGGCUGUUUCCAGUGCAGAAUCUCCUUGCCCCCGGCCUCUUGCUCAGGUCUGAAGCUGGGCAGCCCACCAGUCUGGGGAGAGCAGGGCCUGGCCAGUGGCCACCUGUGCAAGGGGCUGGGAUUGGAGAAGCCAGAGGAGGAGCCUAGUGGAGCCUUGGCUGUCCAGUGUUCCCUAGUAUGAGUGGGAGAACAAAGACUGUCAAGGAGGCAACAUACAUGGGCUGCGUCUGUGCCCUGCAGCCAUUGACUGGAACCCAGGCAUUGGUGACAUGAGCCUAGGGUCCAGUGCGGUCUACAAAGGCUGGCUAGAGCCCCGCGUAAGCCCUGGGGCUGCUGGCCUGCACUGCUGGGUCCCUGCCCCAGGGCUGUGCUGCUGCUGGCACUGGCUGGGUUCGAGUGACCCGGUCUACAUAGACUCAGGCACUGCUAUCUUUUAGGAACAUGAAGCUGGAAGGCAGCUCCAGGGUCUCCCAGCUCCUGCUAUCAUGGGUGCCAGCCUUGGCCUCGCUGGACAGUGCAGCCACCUGUUCCCAUUGACAAAGGCCGGUCUGCUGCAGUUACUUCGCUGCUCCAGCCCUGAGUUUCCCCCCACUGCAGGGCAGGCCUUGACCCCAGUGCCUUAAUUCUUGGUGGGAUUUAGCCAGAGAAAUUCCCAGUGGGAAUUUGGGGUGAGGUUAGAACAGACUUUUAAACUGGUUUCAGUUCAGGGACUAUCUCUGGCUUCAUAUCCCCACCCCCUGUGCCUGGUCUCACCUGAACCUGCUCCAAUCUCAUGCCCUUCUGACCCCACCUUAUCUAAUUCUUCUAUCCCGGCCCCUGACCUGACCCACGGCAGCACCUGCUCGAUGCCGGCAAGGCCUUGAGUGCUUUGAGUGGUCCCUGCAGCCAUAUGCCAAGGAUGGGGCAAGAGGCUCUAUGGGCCAUGGGAACAGCAGCUCCAAGGGAAACUGCCUGCAGCUCUGGUCAAGUUGGAAGGUAUCGGAGCAGUGACAGGCUCCAGGCUGCCUGCAGGGCACUGCUUGUCACCAGUCCCUGCGAGUCCUGUCUUCCAGGGCAGUUUGAUGGUUGUGCCAAGGGCCGCAGGUUCGUGGCUGGAGGAGCACAGGCUCAUCUGUGGCUUCAGGAGGAAGGUUUUGGGGGUUGCCACCAGCCUUCCAGAUUUGACUCGCAGCAUGGAGGAGCCUGGGCUUGGGCUGUGGGUUUAGGCAAGAAGAGCCCUGAGCAUCCUUCACAGGCUGCUCAGGCCACGGGCAUGGAGCUGGCUGGGCUGAGUGACUCCAGGCUGCACUGCACAGGGCUGAGCUGGUGCUAGCACCCACCCACAGCAGAGCUGGGGCCAUCAACACUACUCUCCCCAGGCUCUCACCCCGGUGCGUAAGGUGGGGAGAAGGGGUUACCUGCUUGGGGGUGGGGAGGGCCUGGCCGCUCUCUCCUGGGGCUGAGGGGAUGCUUGACCCACAGUCCCCCACAGAGUGGUUGGCACGCAAGGCGGAUGCUGGUGUCUUGGACAGGAGACAUUUAAGUGACUCUCGCCUGUUCCAGCUCAUGACUAUGGAUCAGGUUCUCCUGCCUUUUCCCACAAACUUGUAUUUUAAAUAAACUUUAUACAUUCAAAGCUGA